AACAAUUAAUUUCUUAUAUUUACACAUUUAUUCCAAAAUGUAAAUAAUAAUAAAGUGUUGACAUUGUGAUGCCACUGAACACUGAAACUUUUCAAAAUCAUGGGGGCAGCACUGUGCAAGUAUGUUGCAUCUAUUUCGAUACAUCGAUAUUCAAUGUAUCGAGAGUUACCUGUUUAUUGUUAUUUGGGGAAUAUGAUGCUACAACUGUCACCUAUGCGCAUGUCAAUUAUGAUUUCUGUUCACCAGUGAUUGAGUUACCAUAGAAACGUAUUAAACACAAUCAGAUUAAACUUCUGCAAAUUUUUAGUGAGUUCAAAUUCACAUUCAAUUUUUUUACAAUGGAUUGGGUCAGUGACCUAGAAAUUUCAUCUAAGAAGAAUUAUUUACAGCAAUUAAUACCAAGACUGGGUAGACGUGCAACACAAAGUAAUAUCCAAGAAGACCAAAAAUUUGAAGAUGAACCAGAGAGUCCCGUUUCUUUUCCGUCCAGUGGUUCAAUACCGUCUUCUGCAGCACCAGUUGCACCUCCUAGAACGAGAAAAGCAGGUUGGAGUGAUGAACAUAAAAUAAAUAAAACUAAAUCUGCCAAUCUGAUAGAGCAUGAAAAAAAUCGUAAAUCAAAUAGAAAUGACAUUGAAGAUGAUAUCCCCAUAAUUCCUGAUAUUGAAGAAAUCCAAGAGGAAAGUGGAUUCUCUCCAAUAGAAACUGCUAUUUCUGCUGGCAUAAAUCGAGUGACGGCUUUCAAAGAUUUAGAUACCGAUUUAAUAAAAAAUGCAUCAUUCGCAUUCCUAGAUGGAGUAAACCUCUCUUUGCUCACUGAAAAGUUAUAUCCAGAAAAACUACUUGAUGAACCUGACGAAGUCUGGACAUGGGAUUCCUUAUUCACUCAAGUAUCAUCAGAAUUAAACAGUGAAUCUCAAAAAACAAUGAAAGAAACUCGUUAAUUUUUGUUUUCUCGUAAAAAUAUUAUUUUUAUAAUUAAAUAUAUUAUGAUUAUAA